AAUUAGUGAGAGUUUUACUUUUAAACCGAGCGGUCGUUCGUCACGCGGUCCGGAAGCUGUACACGGCGUCGGCGGCACGUCUUCAGCGUCGUAGAAGAGGACGAUGAUGACACCACACUGAUGACGGUUGAUCCGAUUUCCGGUGUUUAUCAAUCCGGCUUAGCUGCGGUGCAAAGAACCACAAUCGGAUUAGGAAGCCGCGAAGGGGGUUUGAGUUGCAGGGAGUUGGGGGAAAGAAAAGCUAUUCUCGGAAUAUCGGCCAAGGAUUGCAGCAAGGAAAGGAUUAGAACACGAUGCUGGGUGGUCGAAAGGGGGGAAGGUCGAACGGGGGAGGUCGACGAAAGUGACGUCGACGUCUGAUUCGGGUUGUAUGCUGGGACUACGAUGAACACUUGUUCCGGAAACGAGAAGUUCGAGUCCUGUUACGAAACCUAGUUGACAAGUUGUUCAUGACAUUGUUGUCACGUGAUUUUGGGCGGUUCGAAUCUACUGGGAAGGACAGCAAUGAAGACUGGUGUUUACAACUGAUAUCUGCUGGUGAUCCAGAUCGAUCCCUGUUACCGAAGGAAGUCACGUCAACUAGUCCACGUGGGUCAGGUUCCCUGAAGUUCUACCGAUCUACAGAGAGAGUGAGAGGGAGUGUGAAGUGAUAAAUUAAUUAAUUUCCACCCUCCGGAAGUGCGCGUGUGUGUGUGCUCUCGUGUCUGUGUGUCCGUUCGCUUAUCAGUGUUGGCGCGAAGAUUCGAAGAUUCAUUGCGUCCAGCGAAGAAAGCCAGAGUCGGCGAGCUUCCGGUUUCCUGCCGUCAGAUAAAAAAAGUUGCGUGUUUGUGUUGUUCGCCCGGAUCGUCUUCCGGCGCUGCUCUGCCCGUGUUUCACAAAUGAUGGUGCGUGGGUGUGGGCAAAAAGUGUGCCGUAAUUAGAAGAGCGCUUGCCAGAUAAAUUUCCGAAAAAUAAGGGAAAACUCUUCCGGAAGAAGCGACGCGCGGCUGAUGGCCCGCGGCAAGUCCGCAAUGGUCAAUACCGGCGCCUUGCUGCUGGUUGGGAUUGUGUUGCUGCUGCUGCUGCAAGGAUUACCGGCACCAGCUGGCGCCACCGUCACCAUCGUCAAGGAUGACUACGAAAACACCCCCCUGCACAUGGCCGAGGCCGUCCAGGGCAUGACGGGGAAGCUGGAGUGCAACAUCACGUCGCAGAUCGACGGUGACCGGGCCACGCUGGUCAUCUGGUACAAGGGCGGCCUGUCGAUUCCGCUGUACACGUACGACGCCCGGGACCCCCAGCGGGAGGGGUCGCACCGCACCUCGAACACGUCCUUCGACGGGCGGGCCAACUUUCAUCCGCGGCGGACGCCCGCCUACCUGGAGAUCCGCCAGACGAAGAGCUCCGACAGUGGGGUGUACCGGUGCCGGGUGGACUUUCACAAGAGCCCCACCCGGAACACCCGGGUGCAGCUGUCCGUGAUCAUCCCACCGGAGAAGCUGCAGAUCGUGGACGCGACCGGCCACAGCAUCCCCCACUACAUCCUGGGGCCGUACAACGAGGGCGCGUCGGCCAACUUUACGUGCGUGGCCAGCGGAGGUCGCCCAACGCCCACCGUCAACUGGUGGUACGACAACGAGAUCGUGAACCACUCGUCCACGGUGCUGUCGGAGCGACGCGUCAAGAACACCCUCAUCCUGAGCCGGCUCGAGCGGAAACACCUGAAGGCGGUCUUCACGUGCACGGCCUCGAACAACAACGUGACCAACCCGAUCUCGGCCUCGGUCACCCUGGACAUGAACCUGCGCCCCCUGCUGGUGAGCUUGCCGGGCAAGAACCGGGCCCUGUCCGCGAACCACACGUACGACCUGCAGUGCGAGGUGCACGGGUCCCGGCCGGCCCCGAUCGUCACCUGGUGGAAGGGCAGCGUCCAGAUGCGGGGACACCAGGAAACGACCGACGCCGAGGGCAACGUGACCGUGUCGAUCCUGACGUUUCGGCCCACCAUCGACGACAUGGGCAAGCACCUGUCGUGCCGGGCCGAGAUGGCCGUCAUUCCGGACGCCGGCAAGGAGGACGGCUGGAACCUGAUUAUCCACCACGUUCCCGUGGUGACGCUCGAGUACGGCACCAAUUACAACUACACCUCGUCGAUCCGGGAGGGGGCGGACGUUUACUUCGAGUGCAACAUCAAAUCCAACCCCUGGGUGUACAAAGUCAUCUGGCGGCAUCAGGGCAAGGAGCUGCUGAACAACCCCUCGGAGGGCAUCAUCGUGUCGAACCAGAGUCUGGUGCUGCAGAACGUGAGCCGCUCGAGGGCCGGCCUGUACACGUGCGUGGGCAGCAACCAGGAGGGGGACGGCGAAAGCAACCCCGUCCAUCUGGACAUCAAGUUUGCCCCCGUUUGCCGGCCCGGGCUCGCCACCGUGUACAACGUGGGCCGCAACGAGCAGGCCCGGAUCGCGUGCGAGCUGGAGGCGAACCCGCCCGAGGUGGCCUUCGUCUGGAAGCACAACACGUCCGUCUCCGAGACGCUGGACAUUCCGGUGACGCACGUGACCAGCGAGCACGCCAAGAGCAUCUUCCGGUUCAAGCCGAUCAGCGAGAGUGACUACGGAACGUUGCUUUGCUGGGGUAGCAAUGAGAUUGGGACGCAAACUGAGCCAUGCGUUUUCAACCUAAUUCCAGCAGGCAAACCCGACCCAUUGUCAAACUGUACCAUUCUCAAUCAAACUUUUGACAUGGUCCAGAUCGAGUGCUUGGAAGGAUUUGACGGUGGCCUGCAGCAAGAGUUUCUAGCGGACAUGUACGUCAUCGGAAACCGCCAGCUGAUUGGUUCGAUCAAAACUCGCGUGCCCCUGUUUGAGCUGAAGGGGCUGGAGCCGGGAGUUGGCUACAACAUUUACCUUUCGGCUAAAAACUCCAAGGGCUCGAGCGACCUCACCUACCUGCAGGCCUUCACCGUCAAGAACCCGGAGAAGCAAACCGAUCUGUCCCUCGUCUACGCACCAACGCUGCACCAGAUCAAACCGUUCAUCGGAACGCUAGUCGGAGCGGUGGCCGCUGUCAUUUCGCUGGCCUCGAUCGUGGUGUGUGUGACGCGACUCCGCGGAGGUUCCGGAAGUGGCGCCGACCGGGAUGGCCGGGCCGGUGACUGCAGCCAAAUGUCCACGAACGACGCCUCCGGGCUGAGCCAAUCGCUGCCGCUGGACGGGGAGUUGGCCCGGGAGCAGCUGCAGCAGUGCAACGGAAGCGUCGACAGCAUCGAGAAGAACCCGGACAUUAUACCGCAAGGGAACCUUCCGCUGCUGCCGGAAGAAGACGAGAAAGCGUUCGAGUGGCUCAACAGUUCCGGCGCCCAUCCGCGGCUGUACGCGACGGCGGCCCUGGCCGAGCAGCAGCACCUGCACCACCACCAGCAGCAGCAGCCGGGCCUGCCGGUCGGAAUGGUCGCCGGCACGUACGACAGCCGGACGUUCUACGCGACGAUGGGCCGGGGCGAUGGGUCCUGCAUGCAGCAGCAGUACAACCCCGUGGACAACCAGAACUACAUCCCGGUGCACAGUGCGAUGAUUCCGACGCCGGUCAUCGGCGGGUACGGAAGUGACGGGCACAAGCACGACCUGACGUACGCCGACCUGACCUCGUUGGCCAGUCAGCAGCAGCAGCAGCACCAUCAGAAGCAGCAGAUGUACGUGAGUGCGACCCUUGGCCGGCCCCGGCAGUCCGACAUCAAACGGAGUGAGCCGACGAUCUACGCGCAGAUUGAUUUGGCGCACCACCCGGCGGUCCAUUCGACAAAUUUGGUCUACACAAACACCCGGCCCGGGAUUCCGAUUUCGCACACCGGCCUCCAGCAGCAGCACUCGUUGCCGCCGGUCUCCGUGGGCCAUUCGUACGGGCUGAUGGGGGCCGUGCCGACGUCCAUGGGCACCGAUCGGUUCCCGCCCCCGCCCCUCUUUGCCAGCGGUGCAGGUGGAGUGCCCCCGCCCGUCAGCCUCAGCCAGUCGUCCAACGAAGCGCCCUCCAGUUUGCUGCAAACCGUGCCGGAACUGCCCCUGCCACCCCCAUCGGACGCCAUCGGUUCGCCGGGCCCGCUGUCCGCGGCCAGUUCCGGCGCCAGCAGUAACGACCGGAUACUGCACAACGCGACCCGGUUCUGAUAGGAAGUCCACAGUCGGUCUGCCCGGAAACACUACUGAGAGAGAGAGAAAAAGGAGGAGUAGCGCCAAUUCCAAGUCUAAAUUUUGUAAGUCAAACAAAUGAGAACAAACUUUCAAACUCCUAACGAAACCAAAAUCCGACCGAGCAACAAAAAGCUAUCUUUGACGAAAAACGAGCAAAAAAAAACAAGAAAUCUUAACUUUAAAAAAUUACCUAGAAUUCACUCUGUAAUUACCACUAACACUUUUCUGAAUCUAAUGAACAACAAAAAAACAACUAAAAAGUAACCUUAAAACACACACUAUCGAUGAGAAAAAGAAGACGAAAAAGUAGAAUGUUUGUAAAUAUAACCUAGUUAAAUCAAAAACAACCAGAAACAGAAAGAAAACUUGAGAAAAAGAUGUAAACAAACUGUUUUUAUAUGCCAAAAUUAACACAAAACAACAACAAAAGAAACCAUUCCACAAUUCCACAAUUCAAGUUAAGCCGUUGUAAAUAGUUAGGGGGGAAGGGACUGCAAACUUUUUAAAAAUAUAAAGAAAGAAAAACGGAAAAUCAAAUCAAAAAAAUAAACCUUGAUGUAAAAUAUAACUAAACGAACAAGCCAAACAAAAAUGAAAAAAAAAAAAAACAAGAAAUUAUAUUGUACGACAGGAA